UUGUAACUUCAGUAGGACAGGCGUGUCAAUCUCCUGCUCCCUCUCACCGACCUCCUUUUUCUGCGAUCAAAGUUUUUCUUUCGCCCCUUGGAACCUUCAAAAGACAAUUUCUCUUCCUCCUAAUAAAUAAACUCCUCUAUAUUGCAUUUAAUUAUUAUAUACACAUCAUCAACACAACAAGCAAAAGAAGAAGAAGCAGAAGAAAAAGAAGAAGAAGGAGAGAUGGGUGCUUCAUCUUCCACCCAGCAGCAGUCUUCCUCCCAAUCCCAGGACCACCAGCAGCAGGAGGAAUCGCUGGCUGCCUCCACCGGAUCCCUCCCCACUCUCCGGGCAGCCUUCUCCAAACUCUCCAACCCUAACUCCACCAUCCCCAUCCCUUCCCUUCAGGAAGUGUUCUCUACAAACACCACAUCGUUUUCUUCGGAAUCACUUGCAGUACCCGACCAGUUUCCGGAACUAAUUCGCCACCUCGGUCCUUCCAUAGUCUCCCUCUUCUUUGCUCCCGGCGACGGCGGAUUCAGUUGGGUUGGUUUCUUGAGAGGCUAUAAUCGCUGCUGUGCGAGAAAGCCCCUGUCGCAGUCCAUUAAUAUGCUAUACAAGCUCUACUCUACAGCCUCUAGGGAAGCGGGUCUUACAUGCAGUUUGGAGUUUGACUCUGAUGAUGAUGAUGAUUGUGGAAAGGUCAGUGGAUCUUUUGGGUCGAGCGAUCUACUCAUGUUUCUGUGGAUGUGUUGGAUUAUGAUGCACUGUUUGAGGAUCACGAAGCAAUCCAAGGGGGAGAAGGAUGUUUUGGUCCUGCUGGAUGUGACCCAUAUGAUACUGUCAGCGUUAGUUUCAUGUAAUGUGAUAGGGGAUGAUGCGGGUAUUUGGAAUUGCGAUUUCUUGGGUCUAGAGAAGGCUAUUCCUGUGCAGAAGCUUCAGACAUGGGUCUUGACAACUGCUUCCGGUCUGGCGAGCAGCCUUUCACACUAUGUGCAUCAAAAAGUUCGAGCUUGUGCUGCUUCUUCCGAGGAAAAUUCUGAUGACAUAGCAACCGUAAGUAAUUCCUCAACUGAUGUUCAUGAUGCUUAUCUUCUAACAAGAGCGAGGGCAUGGGCAAUCUCCCUCACCCUUAGAAGUAACUUGAGUGAAGAAUUUUUAGGCGCAUCCUUCUUCGGGAUGGGCCUGGAGAACCUUCUUUAUAGGUCAUCAGUUCACGGAAAGGGAUUGAGCAGGUUCUGGUCCUGUGUCGAAGGAUACAACGGACCCUUACUGAUUUUGCUGUCUGCAAAUUCAGCAGAUGCCGAUGAGGGUGGCACUAGCGGUCGAAGAUGGGUGAUUGGUGUGCUAACUGAGCAGGGAUUCGAAAACAGGGACACAUUUUUCGGGAGCUCUGGAUAUCUUUAUGCCAUCCACCCCAUUUUCCAUGUACUCUCUCCGUCUGGAAAGGAGCAGAACUUCAUGUAUUGUCACCUGCAUCCGACUGUAAGAGUAUAUGAACCAAAUCCAAAGCCCUUUGGCUUGGGAUUCGGUGGGACGAUAGGGAACGAGAGGAUUUUCGUAGAUGAAGACUUUGCUAGAGUUACGAUUCGCCACCAUGCAGUUGACAAAACCUACCAGCACGGCUCUCUUAUUCCCAAUCAGGGUUUCUUGCCUGUUGAAGCUUCAAUAGCAGAGGUUGAAGUAUGGGGUUUUGGCGGAGAAAGAGCGAAAGAGAAGCAGGAUGCGUAUAAGAAGAGAGAAGUGCUCUUCUCGGAGCAGCGAAGAAAGGUUGAUCUGAAAACUUUUGCUAGCUGGGAGGAUUCCCCUGAGAAGAUGAUGAUGGACAUGGUGUCGGAUCCAAACCGAGUUCGUCGAGAAGAUCGCUGAUUGGGAAAGAACUGAAACCUCGGACACCAUUUUGGCGUAAAAUGACUAGUUUACUACUGUAUAGAAGUUUCCACCAUCAGAUUUUUGGUGUCAGAUUUUUGUUUGAGGCCUAUUAAUCUGAUCAACUAACUGUUUUUAAAGAUUGUGUUGUAUCUAAUGUUGUUGAAGCUUUAAAAAGUUCAGUGAAAAUGUAUGUGCAAGAACAGUAAGGAAAGGUGAAUGAAUCAUAGCAUUUUAUAUUAUUUAAA